AUGUUCCCACUAUCAUCCAAAACCCUCGCCAUCCUUGGGCUUCUAGCUCAUACUUCCUUCGUCCAGUGCGAAGACAACAUCAUCGUCCGCGAUAUCGCUAUCCUAGGCGGUGGUGCCUCGGGCACAUUCUCUGCAGUCAGACUUCGCGAUCAAGGCAAAUCCGUCAUUCUGAUUGAGAAAGAAAGUAUCCUGGGUGGCCAUACCAACACUUAUCAAGACCCGGUCACCAAAGUAACCGUAGACUACGGCGUGGAGGUCUUUCACAAUCAGCAGAUUGUCAAGGAUUACUUCAAUCGGUUGAAUAUAUCAUGGGCCAUUACACCUCCGGGCUUUGGUGCAGGGGGGACACCAUUAUACUUGGAUGCCAACACGGCUGAACAGGUCGCUUAUACUAGUGCCGACCCUCGAGCCGGCAUUUUCGCGUAUGCGACGCAUCUAGCUCAAUAUGCACAGCUAGAGUUCGGAUUCUUCCUCCCAAAUCCUGUUCCAGAUGACCUGCUACUCCCAUUUGGAGAUUUCCUUGUUAAAUACCCGGACAUCGACAAUGCGGCUAUGACGAUCUUCGAGUUCGGACAGGGAUUGGGCGAUUUCCUUGCCCAGCCAACGCUGUACGUGUUCAAGAAUUUCGGUCUGGAUAUUAUACAAGAUAUCUCGACCGGAUUCCUGGUCACAACGAGCCAAAAUAACCAGGAGAUAUACGAACACGCCACCGAACUGCUCGGGUCUGAUGUGUUACUGAGUAGCACCGUGAAAUCCACGCACCACCGCGACAAAAACGGAGUCCAGCUAGAGGUGCAAACACCAUCCGGCCGCCGGACUGUGAAAGCAAAGAAACUCUUGAUUGCUAUCCCCCAGAAACUGGAGAAUCUGCGAGCGCUUGACCUCGAUGACCACGAAGCCGAGCUCUUCGGCGAAUUCAUGAACACAGGCUACUACACGUGCCUGUUGAGCAAUACCGGUUUACCAGCGAACUUUAGCUCCCUCUCUGUCGGCGCUGAUACUCCAUACAACGUCCCCACAUUACCGGGUGUUUACACUGUAACCGCGACAGCGAUAGAGGGUAUCUUCGAUAUCAAGUAUGGUAGUCCGCGCGGUCUACCGGAAGGUCAUGUGCGAAGCGAAAUCCUCUCGUACGUGAAGAAAUUGCAGGACAAUGGGUUCGCCGAGAAGGUACCUGGUGGGCCGAAGUUUGUGCGGUUUAACAGCCAUACUCCGUUUGAAUUGACGGUGUCGCCGGAGCGGAUUUCAAAAGGGUUUUAUGAGCAGUUGUACGCUUUGCAGGGUUAUCGGAAUACGUGGUAUACAGGUGCGGCGUUCCAUACGCAGGAUUCGUCGAUGUUGUGGAAUUUCACAGAGUCGUAUGUGCUGCCUGGUUUGUUGGCUUAG